AUGCCCUUGGCAGCGUUGCCCUCUCUCUUCUAUCCUUCUCCAGCUCCCAUGCCGCGGGGCAGUGUGGGCCUGUGGGGGAGCGUGGCGCGAAGCAUUGUGGGGCCGGGACCCGGUGGUGGCGGCGGCGGGUGGAGGUGGCGGCCGGAGAACAACAAGCCCCGGAGCCGGAGCCGGGGGGAGCGGGACGGGACGGGAUGGGCGACAGCGGGCGGGAUUAACUCCACAGUGUCACUCCCUGGGGGAGGGUCCGGCCCCCCAGAAGAUGUGAAGCCACCAAUGUUGGGUGUUCGAGGCCUGCACUGUCCACCUCCUCCGGGAGGUCCAGGGGCUGGCAAACGUCUUUGUGCAAUCUGUGGGGACAGGAGCUCAGGCAAACACUAUGGGGUAUACAGCUGUGAAGGCUGUAAAGGCUUCUUCAAGCGCACCAUCCGAAAGGACUUGACUUACUCAUGUCGGGACAACAAGGACUGCACUGUGGACAAACGGCAACGGAAUCGCUGUCAGUACUGCCGAUACCAGAAAUGCCUUGCUACUGGCAUGAAGAGGGAGGCGGUACAGGAGGAGCGUCAAAGGGGCAAAGAGAAGGACGGGGAAGGGGAGGGGGCCGGGGGGGCCCCUGAGGAGAUGCCUGUGGACAGGAUCCUGGAGGCUGAACUCGCCGUGGAGCAGAAGAGUGACCAGGGCGUAGAAGGGCCCGGGGGGGCCGGGGGCGGCGGCAGUAGCCCAAAUGACCCUGUGACCAACAUCUGUCAGGCAGCAGAUAAACAGCUGUUUACACUGGUUGAGUGGGCAAAGAGGAUCCCGCACUUCUCCUCUCUGCCUCUGGAUGACCAGGUCAUUCUGCUUCGAGCAGGCUGGAAUGAGCUCCUCAUCGCCUCCUUCUCUCAUCGUUCCAUCUCCGUCAGGGAUGGCAUCCUCCUUGCCACAGGGCUCCAUGUCCAUCGAAACUCUGCUCAUUCAGCUGGUGUUGGAGCCAUUUUUGACCGGGUUCUGACUGAACUAGUGUCUAAGAUGCGUGAUAUGCGAAUGGAUAAGACAGAACUUGGCUGUUUAAGGGCUAUUAUCUUAUUCAACCCAGAUGCCAAGGGCCUCUCCAACCCAGGGGAGGUAGAGAUUCUGAGGGAAAAAGUCUAUGCAUCUUUGGAGUCAUACUGUAAACAGAAAUACCCUGAGCAGCAGGGACGGUUUGCAAAGCUGCUUCUUCGCCUCCCUGCCCUCCGCUCUAUUGGCCUCAAGUGCUUGGAGCAUCUGUUUUUCUUCAAGCUCAUCGGGGACACACCCAUUGACACCUUCCUCAUGGAAAUGCUGGAGGCACCACACCAGCUUGCCUAACACUGAAAAAUAGAGGGGGGAGGGUGACCUGCAUACCUGGAGGGAGGCUGGAAUGCAAGAUGGGCCCCAAACCUUGGGAGAUGAGGGUGGGGAAGAAGGCUUCAGGACCUUGGAUAGAGGACAGACCUAAACUGAAACCCCCAAGGGGUUUACACCAGUUCAUCUGAUGCCAUUAUCAGAGGAGACUCCAGAACCCUAAGAGGGAUGGGGUUGUCUGUCCUAGGCCUCAGCUGGCUUGGUCCUCUAACUUAUGGGGGAUGCCCAAGUUUUGAACUGAGUUCUCAUACUGGUAAAGGAUUCCCCUCACCCUCCCAUCUAUUUCCCUCCAAACAGCACUGGGGUUCUGCUGUGCUUCUCUUCCAGGACCCUGUUCCUCCCCUCUUUUUGAAUAAGACAGUUGAAAUGAGGGCUCUGUUCUUCACCCUAAGAAAUGGACAUUGGGGGGCAGGACCCCUCCACACAAUGAUGGACGUUGGCCAUGGGGCUCACACCUCCUCCCUUACCAAGAUAUGGAAAGAUUGUGGGAGAUGGGAAUAAUGACUGGGAGAGGAAUCACUGAAAUCUUCAUAGCCUGGUUCUCACAUCCCUCUUUUUAUGACAUCUCCCUUUUUAGUCAGACUGAAGGGGAGUGAGGAGGGUGAGAGGACAGACUGGCUUUCUCCUGGCCUCCAGUGUGCUGAGGUUUUACUGGGAAGAGCCAGAGGUUAGUCUCAAGGGUCUUCCCACUGGUGAAAGAGAACUGUGUUAGGGGAAGGGUAUAGGUUGCAUCUGUUCCUGGGGAUCUCGAAGCAUGAGUGAUUUGUUCUCCCAAAACUUCAGCCUUUCUAUCUGCCCAGUCUACUGGGGCAGCCAAGCCAGGGAGAGGGGUGAUUUGAGUAGGGAGCUGUUAAAGAGAGAUGAGAAGUGCUUCUGAGAUGAUACGGUUAUCACUGAAACCACCCCUCCCCCUUCCUGAUUACACCACCUCCCUCCAUAAUCAUGUCUUCCUAGUACUCACAUAAACCUUUUGCCCUGUCCUCCCUUGCUAGGGAAGCUCCUAGUUUGAGGAGGCAGGGUUGCUGCAGGGACUGGAGGUAGGGAUCAAUCCCAGGGAAAGGGGUGGGGGGGGUCUUCUGGGACCUGCAUGAUUCUAUAGGUUCCAGCUCUCCCAUAGAACUUUUCCCAAAAAAAAAAAAAAAUGCUUUCAAAUUAAACCGCUGCUUU